CGGAUGUGUGUGGAAUAUCGUGUUCUGGACAGCAGAAGUCUCCCUCGGUGAGCUGGUAUGUGCGUUCUUUGGGCACUUCCCAGUCCCCGUUACUGACUGCUUGUUGGUGACGCGGGCGGUCGCCCCCAUGGGGUCCGGGACAGGUCCAGGAUACCAGUGCCUGCAGUGAAGCCCGCUCUGGAAUGAUAUGGUAGAAGAGGGAGGCGGGGAAGGAGAGCGGCUCCCCUCUCUGAAGGUCCCCAAGGAGCUGCUCAGGAGCUUCCCUCACUCCAAACGCGUGGGAUCCUACCUGGUGGGCAAAAUGAUCAACAAGGGCUCCUUCGCCAAAGUGAUGGAGGGGCUGCAUAUCAGCACAGGGGAAAAGGUGGCUAUUAAGGUGAUUGACAAGAAGAAAGCCCGGCAGGACUCAUACGUGUUGAAGAACAUGAAGCGAGAACCUCGGAUCCAUCAGAUGGUGCGACACCCUCACAUCGUGGUCCUGCUGGAGACGCUGGAGACAGAGAACAGCUACUACAUGGCCAUGGAGCUCUGUGCUGGAGGGGAUUUGAUGGACAGGAUCUGUGAGAGGAAGAGGCUGGAGGAGAGGGAGGUGCGGCGCUACACCCGACAGAUCCUCUCCGCUGUGGAACACCUGCACAAACACGGCAUCGUGCACAGAGAUUUAAAGAUUGAAAACUUCCUCCUGGAUGAUCACAACAACAUAAAGAUUGUAGAUUUUGGAUUGAGCAACACUCUGAAGGGGGAGUCUUUGUCUUCGGAGCUGCUGAACACUCAGUGUGGAAGUCCUGCGUACGCCGCACCGGAGCUGCUCGCUCACAGAAAGUACGGACCCAAAGUGGACGUCUGGUCCAUAGGUGUGAGUAUGUUUGCCAUGCUGACGGCGAAGCUGCCUUUCACCGUGGAACCGUUCAACAUCAAACAGUUGCAUCAGAAGAUGGUUACCAGAGAGAUAAGCAGCAUCCCCAGUGACAUCAGCAAAGGUGCAGUAGGUUUUGUUUUGUCUCUCCUGGAGCCGGACCCAGUCAAGAGACCCACCAUCAGAGCUGCCAUGGAGGACAGAUGGCUCAACGAGGGACAUGCCAAAAAACCACUGCACAGCGACUCACACAAAAACAGGUUGUGUGCAGAGGAGCUUAACUCCUGUGUGCUGGCCUACAUGACGGAGUCUCUGGGCUACUCCCACUCUGACAUCAUACACACUCUCACCACCAACCGACCCUCCGCCAUCACGGCGUCCUAUCACCUCCUGCUCCAGAAACUCAGCAGGAGCCACAAAACAGCCAAAACCAGCAAGAUGCUCAACAGCAGCGACUGGACUUUUCUCAGCAACACCACCAUGAAAGACAAGAGUAACAUAGAAUCACACCUCGAGCAACAGUCAACCAAUGAGAACCAAUGUAAGCAGCUGCACACAAGCAACUGUCAGAGCAGGAAAAGACGUGACGUCCUGCACAGAAAGGAGUGCUGCGAGGACCAUCAGAACCGACCCCCCUCUGCCUCUCUUCCCCAACUUCCCCACUCUCCCUCACCCGCCAUCCCUCUUUGCCUCCCCUCUCUCUCCCCUGCACCUCUGUCUCCACAGGAAGGGACCACUGAGCAGGACAUCACCAUUACGCUGGACACCAGAGCAGCACUGUUUCCUGAAGUGUCUGUGUCUGGAGACGGGGAUCUCGUCCACCUUUCACCUCCUAAAAGUUCUGCGUCUCCGCUGUGUGACUCAGCCCUGUGCCAAGUUCCCAUACCUGCUGAUUCAGCUGGAGAUAGCAACACGGUAAAGCCAAGCCGACACAGAAACGAGCUCAGGACAACACCGUUAGGCGGGGUGACAGACUGUGGAGCAGACUGUUUCCUUGGCAACCACAUCCAGGAUGACCAUUCUCAUUACCUGAGCAUUAACGAGAGUCCAGAGAAGUUACAGACAUUCUAUACCUCAGAGAAGAACAGCACCCCUCCCAAAAUAAUGCUGGAUCCCGAUGCUCACACGGUCCACUCUUUGGACCGAGGACACUUAGGUGGCAUGGAGACAGCACAGAUGUCACCAUCUGCCCCCCUGCCUCGCCUUCGCAAUGUGGGGCUGAAAGACAGACAGAGCAGGAAGAUGACCUGGGUGGGGCUGUCCUGCCCCGAGCCCCCAAGUCUCCUGGUAACCAGGUCUAAACCUCCCACCUUUCCCUCGCAGCAACAGCACACGUUACUCAUGAAGAGCCUCAGGCAGGACAGGGGCAAGAGACGAGAGCUGGCAGCCUCGGGAGGAGAGAGGGGAAAGGCUGUAGGCCUGAUGGGCGGGGCCAAGAGAAACUCUGUUCAGUUCCGUUCCUCUGACCAGCGUCGGGUGGCGGAUCUGAAUCUGCCGUUGCUUCCCGCCGCACUGCAGGGGAAGACGGACAGGAAGAAGCAGCUACACAAUAUGGAUUAUUGAGAGAAGACGGUGAAGAAGGACGUGCACAAGAACCCAAAAUCUGUGACAGACUACCGACCUGUAGUGACUGCAGGCGUAAAUGGCAGCUGAUAGUAAGUACUGUAUUUCACGACCUUUACUAUUCCUUUAAUCCACCGGCAGGACCAACAAACACACCAUCCAUGUGCCUCAGUGCCAAAAAGUCCGGCUUUUAUGAAGCUUCUGGGACAAUGAAAUGAGCUGAUUUCUGGAUUUGUACGUUUACCUGUUUGAUUUCCACCCACCUCAUUGUGAAGUGCAUGAUGCAGAUACGAUUCUCUUUGUACUGAUUUUGCUUAUUUUUGUACUGGCACUAAAAGCUAAACAAAACUUUCCUGCUGUUUGCUUCUUUGAGGCUUUCAAGAGGAAUCUGGGCUUACUGUACAGAGGUCCAACCUGCACACACAUCCACCAGUGGCGGUUCCAGACCAAUUUUACUGAGGGAGUUUUUCCAGAGGGGCACAUUCAGCCCAGGGAAAAAAGGCAAAGAUUUGAAAUCUUAUUUAUUUUCAUAAAACUAGAGAAUAACCAUUCUAACUAAAGUGAAUGCUUCAAAAUAUCACAUUUGAGACACAGAUAUAAAAAAAUAACAUUUUACAGACUGUAUUGACUUGAGAAAAUAAUCAGCAGAUGAAGUGAAAAUGAAAAUAACUGUCAGGUGCAGCCUUGGUUCAGUUUCUCAGCCAAAAUUAUAUAAUUACAUUGGCUGUAUUCUGAGGUUUUGGUGAUUUCUGGCAAAAUGAUCCGCAAAUGAGUCAAGACUCAACACCUUUGCCCUCCUAGACUCGAUGCUCAGUACACCCAGACUGCUUAAUCUCUCGCUGUUCAUGGUGGAUCUGAGGUAUGUCUUCAUAAGCUUUAACUUAGAAAAACUCGCAACUGCUAUUUUACAGAGUCUGUAGAGCUCAAAAACACUUCUAUGGCUUAAUGAACUGUACUAGCUCUACUGUAUUGGAGAG